GGGUCGGCGCCAUGACGUGGUCCCCGCUGGCCUGCGGCAUCAUCUCAGGGAAAUACGGGAACGGGGUCCCCGAGAGCUCCAGGGCUGCGCUCAAGUGCUACCAGUGGCUGAAGGAGAAGAUCGGGAGCGAGGAAGGGCGGAAGCAGCAGGGGAAGCUGAAAGACCUGUCGCCCAUCGCGGAGCGUCUCGGCUGCACUCUACCUCAGCUCGCCGUGGCCUGGUGCCUGCGAAACGAGGGCGUCAGCUCCGUCCUCCUGGGAUCCUCCAACCCCGAGCAGCUCAUCGAGAACCUGGGCGCCAUCCAGGUUCUUCCAAAGAUGACAUCGCACAUCGUGAACGAGAUGGACAACAUUCUGGGGAACAAGCCCUACGGCAAGAAGGACUACAGAUCCUAACGCGAUG